AUGAGCGAGAAUUUAGGACUCAGUUCAAAAAUAAUGGAAUCUACUAAAAAGAAAUACGCAAGAUUCCGUUAUACUCAACAACAGUUAGAGGAGGCUCUUACCCGUAUAACAAAUAACGAUUUGUCUAUUAAUAAAGCCAGCAAAAUAUACGACAUACCCAAAUCAACGUUAAGUAAUAAAUUAAAUAAUAAAGUACCAUGGCAACGAAAAAUGGGUCCAUUAACACAACUAACUUUCGACGAAGAAAACAAGCUAGCAGACUGGAUUUUAACAAAAGCUAAACUUGGGUUUCCAAUGCACCCGGAAGAAGUUUAUGAUACUGUGGAAAUAUUCUUGAAACAAAAUGAGAGGGAGAAUAAAUUUACAAAAGGCCGACCGGGGAAAAAAAUGGCUUACUUUGUUUUUGCGAAGACAUCCCGAAGUAACUAA